CGGAGCGGAGCGGCUGCGGCGCGCCGCCUCCCGCCCUCCGCCGAGUGGCGCCGGGGCAGCGGCUCGUACGUCAGGCGCAGGCCAGGGCCGCCCGGCGUCGGCAGCGCCCGCAGCCCCUCGGAGCGAGAGGAGAGGCGCCCCCGCCGGCCGCCGGGGCAGGUUCUGCCAGAAACUUCCAUUUGGCCUCAAUGUGAAAUCAAAGUAGAAAUUUCCAUCCGUGUGUAUGUUGCUUCAGGAGCCCUGGGUCAUGUCUGAAGAGGGAAGCUGUGUUCCCGACAGCUGAGCGCCUGCGGAAAUCCAUGCUGCCCCUCGAGGUGCAGCGUGUCGCCGCCUCCCCGGAGUGACGAGCCAGGCAGCCGCACGCAGCCGCCCAGAGCAUGCCGUGCGCCCUAAGCAUGCCGGCCACCUAGACUCAUGCGCCCUGCCUGUCCAGCUGUGGAUGCUCUGCCGUCGGGAAGCUCCUCACAUCCUUCCCGGGGCCCUGCGUGUGCUGCCGAGAUGUCUCUGCUUCAUGCCUUGGGCCCCGUGCAAACCUGGCUGGGACAAGAGCUCGAGAAAUGUGGCAUCGAUGCCAUGAUCUACACACGCUACGUCCUCAGCCUCCUGCUGCAUGACAGCUACGACUACGACCUGCAGGAACAGGAGAAUGACAUCUUCCGGGGCUGGGAAAAAGGAGCUUGUAAGAAGUGGGGGAAGAGUAAGAAGAAGUGCCCGGAUCUGACUCUGGAGGAGAGGAAGAAGCAGGCUGCUGUGCAGUGUCUCCGCUCGGCCUCGGAUGAAAGCUCUGGGAUCGAGACGUUGGUGGAGGAGCUGUGCUCCAGGCUGAAAGACCUACAGAGCAAGCAAGAAGAGAAGAUUCACAAAAAAUUGGAGGGGUCUCCCUCUCCAGAGGCGGAAUUGUCCCCCACAGCAAAGGAUCAAGUGGAAAUGUACUAUGAAGCCUUUCCGCCACUUUCUGAGAAGCCAGUCUGCCUGCAGGAAGUCAUGACUGUGUGGAACAAGUCCAAAGUCUGUUCUUAUUCUAGCUCCUCUUCGUCAUCCACAGCGCCCCCAGCCAGCACAGGCCCGUCGUCUCCCAAGGACUGCCACAGUGAGAGCGAGACCAUCCAGGAGAGAAGCAGCAAAGCGCCCUGCACUGCGCCCGAAGGGACCCAGCGCAGAAGCCUCGAGGAAGAGGUCAAGGUCGGGAACGGCACCGCUCAGGAAAAGCCCGCCUUGUACAAGAAGCAGAUCCGACAGAAGCCCCAAGGGAAGGCUCGGCCUCGCUCGUGGUCCUCCGGCUCCAGCGAGGCCGGCUCCAGCUCCAGCGGGAACCAGGCAGAGCUGAGAGCAUCCCUGAAGUACGUGAAAGUGAGACACAAGGCUCGAGAAAUCCGAAACAGAAAAGGCCGCAGCGGGCCGGGCAGGCUGGCCCUGAAGCAGGGCGAGAAGGGGGACCGGAGCGGCCACGCUGGAAGCAGCAGCAGCGGCAGCGGCUCGGUCAGACAGCUCUGCAGACGGGGCAAGCGGGCCCUGAAGGAGGCUGGGAGGAGAGAGCCUGGGAGCGCCGGAGGGCCCGACGUGUGCGUGGCCAGCGGGAACGACAGGGAGUACAAGGAGGAGCCGCUGUGGUACACGGAGCCCAUCGCGGAGUACUUCAUUCCUUUGAGCAGGAAAAGUAAACUGGAGACCACGUACCGGCACAGGCCGGAGACAAGCGAGCUGACGGCCGAGGCGGUGGAGGAGCUGUCUGGGGCCGUGCAUGGGCUUUGUAUCAGCAACAAUAAUAUUCCUAAAACAUACCUCGCAGCAGGCACUUUCAUUGAUGGCCAUUUUGUCGAAAUGCCUGCGGUUAUCAAUGAGGACAAUGACCUCACUGGGACCUCAUUCUGUUCUCUGCCGGAGGACAGCGAAUACCUGGAUGAUAUUCAUCUCUCAGAAUUAACACACUUCUAUGAAGUGGAUAUUGACCAAUCCAUGUUGGAUCCUGGUGCCUCAGAAACCAUGCAAGGAGAAAGUCGGAUUUUGAAUAUGAUUCGACAAAAAAGCAAAGAGAAUACAAAUUUUGAGGCAGAAUGUUGCAUAGUGUUAGAUGGGAUGGAGUUGCAAGGGGAACGUGCAAUAUGGACAGACUCGACCAGCCCCGUGGGUGCCGAGGGCCUGCUCCUGCAGGACCUUGGCAACCUGGCUCAGUUUUGGGAAUGCUGCUCCUCCAGCUCGGGUGAUGCCGACGGAGAGAGUUUUGGGGGAGAGUCUCCAGUUAGACUGUCGCCCAUCUUGGACGGCACGAUGUUCAGUUCACACUUGCUCGCUGGCAAGCAAGAGCUGUUUCCGGAGAUGGCCGAAGGAGCCGGCGGCGUGAGCUCUGGUCUCUCGGUGUUUGAAGUGCAAUGCAGUAAGUCUGUUCUCCCGUUUCCUUUUGAAACACUCAACUUGGGAAACGAAGACACAGGUUCCAGUGCUAACGUGCUUGGGAAGACGCAAUCCAGACUGCUCCUAUGGGCCAAAAAUAGUGCCUUUGAAGAAAACGAACACUGUUCUAAUCUUUCAACAAGAACUUGUAGUCCAUGGUCCCAUUCGGAAGAAACACGUUCAGACAACGAGACGCUAAACAUUCAGUUUGAAGAAUCCACACAGUUUAAUGCAGAGGAUAUUAAUUAUGUCGUUCCUGGAGUCUCGGCAAAUUAUGUAGACGAAGAACUGCUAGAUUUUUUGCAAAAUGAAGCUGGUCAGCGAAACAGAACUCUAGGAGAAAUUCCUACAUUGGUUUUCAAGAAAAAAUCUAAACUAGAAUCUGUGUGUGGUAUUCCACUAGAACAAAAACCAGACAACAAAAACUUUGAAACUCCACAAGUAGGGAGUGAGAGUGGUCCACGUGGAGAUGGCUACACCUCAGGGGUUAUUAAGGACAUUUGGACAAAGAUGGCAGAUGGGAGCUCUUUGGCCACAGUAGAACUAGAAGGGAUUGACGAUGAGUUGUUUUCAGCAGAUGUGGAUAGCUGCUGCUGCUGUUUGGGUCCUGAGGCCAAGGUGGAGGCCCUGGAGCAGCCGCACAGGGCUGUGCAGAGGUCAGAAUACCACCUUUGGGAGGGGCAGAAGGAGAACCCAGAGAAAAGAGUGUUUGUUCCUAGGGAGCUGUCCAAGGCGGGUGGGGGGGAUUACACCACGCCCUCCAAGCCCUGGGCUGUCGCUCAGGACAAAGAGAGCACGUUCAUUCUCGGGGGAGUCUAUGGAGAACUCAAGGCCUUCGGCAGCGAUGGGGAGUGGGCUGUGCUCCCACCCGGCCCCGCGAGAGGAAGCUUGUCGCAGUGUGCGGCUUCCCACGUCGUGACCAUUGCAGGCACAGACGUCUGUGUGACCCCCGGAAGCAGCUUCGCUCCCGGCCACAGACAGCUGUGGAAACCCUUCGUGUCACUUGAGCACAACGAUCAGCCGAAGAGCGGAGAAAAUGGAUUAAACAAGGGAUUUUCUUUUAUCUUCCAUGAAGACUUACUAGGAGCUUGCAGUAACUUUCAAGUGGAAGAUCCCGGACUCGAGUAUUCAUUCUCUUCCUUUGACUUCAGCAAUCCAUUUUCACAAGUUCUGCACGUGGAAUGUUCGCUGGAACCCGAGGGCAUUGCGUCUUUGAGCCCCAGCUUCAAGCCCAAGUCCAUCCUCUGCUCUGAGUCAGACGGUGAGGCCUUUCACCCUCGGAUCUGCGGGGUUGACAGGACGCAGUACAGGGCCAUUCGCAUCUCUCCUCGGACUCACUUCCGCCCCAUCUCUGCAUCAGAGCUGUCCCCAGCGGGAGGAAGUGAGUCCGAGUUUGAGUCUGAGAAAGACGAAGCGAACAUCCCCGUCCCUUCUCGGGUUGACGUGUUUGAGGAUCCACAGGCCGACCUCAGGCCUCUGGAAGAAGAUGCAGAGAAGGAAGGCCACUACUAUGGGAAGUCAGAGCUUGAGUCUGGAAAAUUCCUGCCUCGGUUAAAGAAGUCCGGGAUGGAGAAGAGUGCUCAGACCUCCCUUGAUUCGCAGGAGGAGGCAGCAGGCAUCCUGCUGGGAGCCAAGCCAGAUCCGUGCUUGGGGUGCAGCAAGAGCCAGUCUCUGGAGACUGAUCUGGAGAGCUCGGAAGCAAACUGUAAAAUAAUGACACAGUGCGAGGAAGAAGUGAGUCACUUGUGCAGUUGCAGGGCAGGUUGCCAGUUCCCUGCUUACGAAGAUAAUCCAGUCUCUUCAGGACACCUGCGAGAGUUUCCACUGUUGAAUACUGAUGUACAAGGAGUGAGUAGAAGCCAAGAAAAGCAGACCUGGUGGGAGAAAGCCUUGGACUCCCCCCUUUUCCCUGCGUCGGAUUGUGAAGAAUGUUAUACAAAUGCCAAGGGAGAGAAUGGUAUAGAAGAAUAUCCAGACGUUAAAGAGAUACCCAGUAAUGAAGAGCGUCUGUUAGAUUUUAAUAGGGUGUCUUCUGUUUAUGAAGCUCGGUGCACGGCGGACCGGGACCCCGGCGCGCCCUCGGGUGGCUCCGUGGGCAGCGUGGGCAGCAGCGGCGCGGCGGACGCGGGCUCGGAAGGCGGCUGGGCGGAGCCCCGCGCCCAGGGGCUCUUCUCGCGCACGCAUCUCUAA